AUGGAUAAUUCGGUCAAAUUAAUUAUACAUAGAGGCAAAACUGUUUAUGACAAUGUUAUUAUUACACCUUUUUCUGUUAUUAAAUACGAAAAAAAGGUAAAAGAAACGAGAAAUACAAAUCAAAUAAAUGUUAACAUAAGCACAGUCAAUGAAAAUAAUGUAAAACAAAUAAAUCAAAUUUGUGUAAAUAAGAAAGGAUAUAAUGCCUAUCUUUUGUCAGCAUAUAUUGUAACAUUAAUAAGGUCACAAACAUAUCGAAGAGCUGCACUUAAAAAAUUGUUACAGUAUUUAACAUACAAAUCAUCAGAUGAAAGAAAUUUAGAAAUAAUCUUAAUGAAAUUACGAACACCAAAAAAACAGUUUCUAGAUUAUAAAUGGAAUGAAAGGAUAAUAAAGAUAGUAAUGGAAAGGAGAGAAGCUGAUCAUGCUAUGUCUUGGUUAUCUACUUUAGGUGGAGCAUUUUCUGCUUUAGGAGAAGAAUUUUAUCAUUGUGCUGAAAAGGCAGGACAAAUUUCUGUAAAGCAAUUUCAAUUAGCACUUUGUCUUGGAGAUCCUCUUUUGGUCGCCCGUUGUAAACUAUAUGCUGCUUUAAGUUUAAUUCAGCAAGACCAGUUUAAAAUACCAAGAAAAAUAAUAAGGAAUAUUUAUAAAUUUUCCAUUGAUCACAAUGAUAUUCGCUUACAAAACAUGUGUCAAGGUAUAUGGGCUAAACUUAAGUAUUGUUGCAAAACACAAAAAGAACGACAUAAAACUGUUUAG